AUGACUACCCCUGAUUUGAAUGAGAUUCAUGACUUUCUGGUGUCCCUGGCCCACCGGGCGGGUGAGAUUAUCACGAAUGCUCUGCCUGAAACCAGUGGUACCGGGUCCAAGAAGAACAGUGCCGACCUGGUCACAGAAUAUGACCGUGCAGUGGAGAAGAUGAUUUCGACGUCACUCAAGGAGAAAUUUCCCGAUUACGUGUUUCAUGGCGAGGAGACCUAUGAUCCCAAUCAGCCUUUGACCGAUGCCCCCACGUUCAUCGUGGAUCCAAUUGAUGGAACUGUGAACUUCGUCCACAGUUUCCCGUAUGCCUGUGUCUCUCUGGGCUUUGCCGUGGGCCGAGUUCCUGCCGUGGGAGUGGUCUACAACCCGUUCACCAAGACCUUACAUUCUGCUGUUCGAGGCCAAGGCGCAUUUUUAAACCGGGAAACCCGCCUGCCGCUAAAGGGAGAGACUGUAGAGCCCCUUUCUGGGCUUGCCAAUGCUCUCAUCAGCAUCGAAUGGGGCUCCGAUCGCAGCGGGCCCAAUUGGGACACCAAAGUUCGUACCUUCGCGAAACUGGGUCAGGCGAAAGAGGAUGGGGGCGCGAUGGUGCGCUCCAUGCGGAGUCUGGGAUCGGCUGCACUCAACAUGUGCGCGGUUGCGGAGGGUACCAUGGACCUGUACUGGGAAGGGGGAUGCUGGGAGUGGGAUGUCUGUGCAGCAUGGGUCAUCCUGACCGAGGCAGGAGGCAUCAUAGUGGAUGGGAAUCCCGGUGGAUGGAAGGCUUCUCUGGAUGGGCGAAAGUAUCUGGCGGUUCGAGGAGCCCCCGAGGCAGGACAGAAGGAGAUCGUGGAAGAGUUCUGGAGCAACAUCCAAGGCCGAUUGGACUACUAG